UUGAAGUAUAAAAGAAAUCAUUUCCUUUAGCAAACUUGAGGACUAAAGUUUGAAAGUUUCUUAAAAUGAAAAUUUUAAUCGUUGGCGUUUUGCUUAUCUUCAUAAGCUUGGACACUGUGAAAGCUGGUGGAGAUCCCACAGAUAUUUGCCUUCUACCACAAGUCGUAGGACCUUGCAGAGGUGCAUUCCAAAGAUGGUACUAUGAUGCGACUACUCAAGAAUGUUCUAUAUUCAUAUAUGGAGGAUGUCUAGGAAAUGCAAACAAUUUCUCGACAGAGGAAGAAUGUUAUGGAACGUGUUGCACUGAAGUAUCUGAUGAAUCUUCGCCACCAAUGUCUGCAUCAGCUAAAAAUUGA